AUAGUUAAACGAUCACAAACGUAGACAACAUAUUAAAUAUUUUGUGCCAAAUCCCGUGCAUAUUAAACAGAAUCUGAAGAAUGGAAAGAAUGGUAAAUGAAAAAAUUGAUAAUGAGGGAAAACGACAUCCACUUGAUUCAAAAAUAUCCCACAAUCCGAAGAAUGACUUAAUACAACCCGUUUCCUUUUUCGGAAUGUUUAGAUAUGCGACUCAAAGGGAGAAAUUCCUGAUGUUCAUUGGCAUAGUUUCAUCCGCAAUUACGGGUAUCCUGCAACCUUUAAGUAUUAUCCUGUUCGGACGCGUUGCUGGAGAUUCGAUUGAUUAUGCUCAAUCUUUGAUGAAUGACAAUUUAACACCUGCGGAGAAAUUAGAAGCAGAAAAUAUUUUUCUCGAUGGUGUUAAAUUUUUUGCCACAUGGAAUAGUCUUAUUGGAAUAGGAAUGUUAUUUUUUUGUUAUAUCGCUACCGUGACGUUCAACUAUUCGGCAAUGGAACAGACUUUUAGAAUACGAUCGAAAUAUUUGAAAUCUAUUUUAAAUCAAGAUAUAUCUUGGUAUGACCAAAACCAAACUGGAGAUUUUGCAAGUAGAAUGUCCGAUGAUUUGUAUAAAUUUGAGGAUGGAAUUGGAGAAAAAGUACCAAUAUUUCUACAAUAUCAAGUCCUAUUAGUGACUGCUGUGGUUGUUGCAUUUAUAAAAGGUUGGCAACUAGCACUUGUCUCUGUGAUAUCAAUACCAGCCAGCGUAAUCUCAUUUAGUUUCAUAAAUGUGUUAACUACUCGAUUAGCUAAGAACGAAAUGGAAGCUUACGGAGCUUCGGCUUCUAUAGCAGACGAAGUUUUUUCCUUAAUACGAACGGUAACUGCUUUUGGUGGACAAGAUAAAGAAACGAAACGUUAUCAAAAGAAUUUAAUUUUUGCUAGAAAAAAUAAUAUUAGAAGGUCAUCACUUUUUGGAAUAGGAUUAGGUUUGAUGUACCUUCUUUUAUAUAGCAGUUAUGCGUUAACUUUUUGGUAUGGAGUAAAAUUAGUUUUGAGAGAUAGAGGCGAUCCAAAUGCAACUUAUACUCCUGAAAAUAUGCUUACCAUAUUCUUCAAUAUUAUGUCAGCUUCAUUGAAUUUUGGCUCAGCAUCUUCGUUCAUCGAAAUCUUUGGGAUAGCAAAAGCUGCAGCAGCCAAGAUAUUUACUGUGAUUGAAAAUGAACCUGAUAUUAAUUUAUCAAAAGGAAGGGGAGAAAAAUUGCAAUCUCUGAAAGGAAUUAUUAAGUUUAAAGAUGUAAAAUUCCAUUAUCCUUCCAGACCAGACGUUCCAAUUCUACAAGGACUUAAUUUAGAAAUUAAAUCUGGUGAUACGGUGGCUUUAGUUGGAAGUUCGGGAUGUGGUAAAUCGACAGUGAUUCAACUUAUUCAACGAUUUUACAAUGCGAUAUCUGGAGAGAUUACAAUUGAUGGUACCAAUAUCAAUAAAUUCGAUUUGACAUGGCUUAGAAAUAGAAUCGGCGUAGUUGGCCAAGAACCUAACUUAUUCGGUACCACCAUAAUGGAAAACAUAAAAUAUGGAAAACAAGGUGCAACUGAUGAUGAAGCUUUAGCUGCUGCUAAGAAAGCUACUGCUCAUGAUUUUAUCAAACGUUUACCUCUCGGUUAUAAUACGUUAGUUGGAGAACGAGGUACUCAGCUUUCGGGUGGACAGAAGCAAAGGAUAGCAAUAGCUAGAGCGUUGAUUCGUAAACCAAAUAUAAUGCUUUUGGAUGAAGCUACUUCUGCUUUAGAUAACGCAAGCGAAGCUAAAGUCCAGGCUGCUUUAGACUUGGCAAGUGAGGAAUGUACAACUAUAAUAGUAGCACACAGAUUAUCGACUAUACAAGGAGCAAAUAAAAUUAUCGUAUUAUCACAAGGAGUGGUAGUAGAAGAAGGAACACACAAUGAGUUGAUGGCUUUGAAAAAUGAAUAUUACAAACUUGUAACAGCUCAAGUGACAAAUACUAAUGAAAAAGAUGAUUCUAACAAAAAAACAGUCGAUAAGGAGGAAUUAGAAGAUGUGGAUGUUGAGGGAAACGAAUUAGAUGUGGAAGACAAGGAAAUCAAUGAUUCCAAGAAAUCGAAAGUUUCUUUGAUCCAAAUAAUAAAGUUGAAUGCACCAGAAUGGCCUUAUAUUCUGGUAGCUGGUAUAGCAGCCACGGUUGUAGGUUGUGGUUUACCAGCUUUUUCUGUUUUAUAUGGUAGUAUUUUAGGGACAUUAGCUAAUUCAGAUUCUAAUAUCAUCCAAUCGAAAACAAAUAAUUAUUGUUUAUAUAUUGUUGGAGCUGGAGUAAUAUGUUUGAUCACGGCAUAUUUCCAACUCUAUCUCUUAGGAAUUGCUGGUGAAAAGAUGACUGAAAGAAUAAGAGCGCACAUGUUUAAAGCUAUCAUAUCACAAGAUAUGGGAUUCUUCGAUAAAAAGUCUAAUGGUGUCGGAUCAUUGUGCGCCAGACUUUCUGGAGAUCCUGCACAAGUUCAAGGAGCUACUGGUCAACGUGUAGGUCAAAUUUUGCAAUCGUUGGCAACAUUGGUUGCAGCAAUUGGUCUUUCAUUAUAUUACGAAUGGAAAUUGGCACUGGUUACUGCAGCGUUUUUACCAGUAAUGGCUCUAGCUUUAUUUGUUGAACGUCGUAAUACUGCUGGCAUAAAUGAUACCAGGGAUCGAUCAUUAGAAAAAUCGACAAAGAUCGCUGUGGAAGCCAUUGGUAAUAUUCGAACAGUUGCUUCGCUCGUAGCCGAGGAUAUGUUUCAUAGAAAUUACAUAAACGAACUCACACCGCAUUACAAAUUAUCUUUGCGUAGUUUACAUUCGAGGGGAAUAAUAUUUGGGAUGUCGAGGAGUAUUUCAUUUUUUGCUUAUGCUGCGUCGCUCUAUUAUGGUGGUUUUCUCAUAAUAGAUGGAUUAUAUUACGACAGGGUAUUUAAAGUAGCGCAAAUUCAAUUAAUGGGCAUUGUUUCUGUUGCCAACUCGUUCGCAUUUUCACCGAAUCUCAUGAAAGGGAUAAACGCAGCUAGACGAAUAAUAACCUUCAUGUCUAAAAUUCCUCAAAUCAGAGAUGGUCCAAAUUCAAUAGAAAUUAAAGACGUUGAAGGAGAUAUAAAGUUUUCCUCUGUCAAUUUUUCCUAUCCCACCAGAUCUAAAACUCAAAUUUUACGAGGUCUGGACUUAAAUAUACUCAACGGCAAAACUGUAGCACUAGUUGGUGAAAGCGGCUGCGGAAAAUCGACAAUUAUCCAAUUGAUUGAAAGAUUUUAUGAUCCCAAAUCUGGAAACGUACAACUAGAUGACUUUGAUAUAAAAAAUAUCACAUUAUCGUCGUUAAGAUCGCACUUAGGAAUUGUAUCACAAGAACCAAAUUUAUUUAAUAAAACGAUAGGAGAAAAUAUAGCGUACGGUGACAAUUCUAGAGUGGUUCCUAUGGAUGAAAUUAUACACGCUGCCAAAUGUGCCAACAUUCAUAAUUUCGUAUCAUCUUUGCCUAAGGGAUAUGAUACUAAGUUAGGAGAAAAGGCAGCUCAAUUAUCAGGAGGACAAAAACAAAGGAUUGCGAUAGCUAGAGCAUUAGUGAGAAAUCCAAAGAUUCUACUUUUAGAUGAAGCUACAUCAGCGCUAGACACUGAAAGUGAGAAAGUUGUACAAGAAGCCUUAGACGAAGCUAAGAAAGGAAGAACUUGUAUUACGAUAGCGCACAGAUUAACGACAAUACAAGACGCUGAUCUGAUAUGUGUCGUUGACAAUGGAGCAAUUGUUGAAUCAGGAACCCACAAAGAGUUGUUGAACAACAAUGGUAUCUAUCAUAAAUUGUAUACAUAUAAACGUUGAUUCCUUAAUAAAAUUUUUAUACAGGACAAAA